UGUGAAAUCAUUCGCGUGGAGGAGGCCUGCUCCGACUAAAGAUCCAAGUUUCCCUUUUGUCCUCAGCUCAGUCUUUGGUGAUAAGUCUUUAGAAGUGGUCACUCACUAUGGCCGUCGUCGAGGAUGUCCCAGAUGAGUCAGAAAUACCUCUCAAGCACCCAUCUGAAAUCCGAAAUCAAAGCGCUCGAGAACCUCUCGUAGAAUUAUCCUCAGGAUCCAAUCUCCGUCAACGCAGAGUUCAAGCAGGAGCUGACUCGGAGGAUGUAGAGCACGAUGAGGAAGAGCUCAAAGCUGUGGAUGCGAACGGAUCAGCAUUGAAGUCGAUCAUGACAGGAGGGGAAGAUGUGACGCCGGAAUGGUUCGAUAUUGGGAUCAUGACUGUUCCUUUUGUCUUCCUCUACUUGUUGCUGGAUAUUCUCGUUCAUUUGCAAUAUCAACAUCGUCCGACAGUGGAACACUUGACCAUGAACUUGAUCAAGGCAGUCCCAACGCUAGGCGUGAUAAUGUACUACACCACUAAGCAUUCCUCUCACUUUCUCACCAAUUCUCUUCUCAUGUCGGCUUCUGUCAUCUCCGGAUGCAGAUUGAUUUGGUUGGUCAACAUGGCUGGAUGGAGCUUGACGACGGAUCAGGCCCCGGCUAUGGGUACAAUAUGGAUUCUCACCAUUGUGCAAUUACCCCUCUCGCGAGCUCUGAUAGCUUUGGGGAUCGUGGCUGGCUGGACAAAAUACGCAGGAAUGAAAAUCUCACCAUGAGUGUCGUGAUGGUCAUGCAAAAGAGGUUCAGAU